AUGCGGCUCGCCGGAGCUUGCCGGAGCUCGCCGGAGGAAGAAUCCCGAAGAAGAAGUCGAGCUCGCGCAUGGGGCAGUGUGGAUAGACCGAUUCGGUUUAUUUAUGCUGCUGAUUUUAGAAACCGGUUAGAUCCACCGGUUCCUUUAACAUAUUUUGGGAAUUGUGUUUUACCAAUUGAUUUUAAUGGAUAUGAAGCGACGACCUUUUUGGGAGAAGAUGGAUUCGUCAACGGUGUUGAGAUUUUAAGUGAUUCGGUCAAAGGUUUGGGUUCACGAAGUCUUGAGUCAGUUUGGGAGGUGUACGAGGAAGGAACUAAAAACAUGAAGGUUGGUACAAAAGUAUUGACUGUUACCGGGUCGAACCAGUUUGGGAUAUAUGGGGCGGAUUUUGGGUGGGGAAGACCAGUUAAUACUGAUGUUAUGUCUCUUUACAAGAACAAUAGCUUUUCUAUGUCAGCGAGGAGGGAUGAGAUUGGGGUCUCUUUGAAGAGAUGUGAGAUGAUUGUUUUCCUUUCUUUAUUUAGUAAUGGAUUUGACAAUUGAAAGUUAAAUCUGGAUUUAAAUGAUCAUUACAUUGUAUCGUCUUCUAAAUAAGUGAGUUCAGUUGUUAAAAGGAAAAAUCUGUAUCUUGAAUUCAUUCGAUGGGGCAUGAAAAAAAAUCCAAAGUCCAAG